CAAUAUUUAUAGACCACUACGUAGCUUGCCUUGCAAAGAGAGACAACGAGAGACGCGCACACAGAGGGCAAGGAAAGAAAGACUGCCGUGCAGGGGGACGUUCAUUUCUAAUGUUUGUUUUAAAUUAAAAAAGUUCUUUUUAACUGUCAGGUUCAAACCUCUGCUGAAUCAUAACCAUUUGCCGCUGAGCUAUGACAAGAGAGGAAACAAAAAGUUAGACGAGCAAGCCUGCCCUAAGUGAGAAGCAGACUUCCUUGAUAACAUGCUUUUGCGAAGUUCAGGAAAAUUAAAUGUGGGCACCAAGAAAGAGGAUGGUGACAGUACAGCCCCCACUGCUCGUCCAAAGAUCUUGCGUUGUAAAUGCCACCACCACUGUCCGGAAGACUCGGUCAACAAUAUUUGCAGCACAGAUGGAUAUUGCUUCACGAUGAUAGAAGAAGAUGAUUCUGGGAUGCCUGUGAUCACGUCGGGAUGUCUGGGACUAGAAGGCUCAGAUUUUCAGUGCCGGGACACUCCCAUUCCUCACCAAAGGAGAUCAAUUGAAUGCUGCACAGAACGCAAUGAAUGUAAUAAAGAUCUACACCCUACGUUGCCUCCACUGAAAAACAGAGAUUUUGUUGACGGAUCUGUACACCACAAAGCCUUACUUAUAUCUGUGACUGUCUGUAGUUUCCUGUUGGUCCUUAUCAUUUUAUUCUGUUACUUCAGGUAUAAAAGACAAGAAGCCAGACCUCGGUACAGCAUUGGGUUGGAACAGGAUGAAACUUACAUUCCUCCAGGCGAAUCCCUGAAAGACUUAAUUGAGCAGUCUCAGAGCUCAGGAAGUGGGUCAGGCCUCCCUCUGCUGGUCCAAAGGACUAUCGCUAAGCAGAUUCAGAUGGUGAAACAGAUUGGAAAGGGUCGCUACGGGGAAGUUUGGAUGGGAAAGUGGCGUGGCGAAAAGGUGGCCGUGAAAGUGUUCUUCACCACCGAGGAGGCCAGCUGGUUCCGAGAGACAGAGAUUUAUCAGACGGUGUUGAUGAGGCAUGAAAACAUUUUGGGGUUCAUUGCUGCCGAUAUCAAAGGAACAGGGUCCUGGACCCAGUUGUACCUAAUCACAGACUAUCAUGAAAACGGUUCCCUCUAUGAUUACUUGAAGUCCACCACCUUGGAUGUUAAAUCGAUGCUGAAAUUAGCCUAUUCUUCCGUCAGUGGCUUAUGUCAUUUACACACCGAGAUCUUUAGUACCCAAGGCAAGCCAGCAAUCGCCCAUCGAGAUCUGAAAAGUAAGAACAUCCUGGUGAAGAAAAAUGGCACUUGCUGUAUAGCUGACCUGGGCCUGGCUGUUAAAUUUAUUAGUGAUACAAAUGAAGUUGACAUACCACCCAACACUCGUGUUGGCACCAAGCGCUAUAUGCCUCCAGAAGUGUUGGAUGAGAGCUUGAAUAGAAAUCACUUUCAGUCUUACAUCAUGGCCGAUAUGUACAGCUUUGGGCUCAUUCUUUGGGAGGUGACUAGGAGAUGCGUAUCAGGAGGUGCAGUGGAAGAAUACCAGCUUCCCUAUCACGACCUGGUGCCCAGUGACCCCUCUUACGAGGACAUGAGAGAGAUUGUGUGCAUCAAGAAGCUCCGUCCCUCAUUCCCCAGCCGGUGGAGUGGCGAUGAGUGUCUGAGGCAGAUGGGGAAGCUAAUGACCGAGUGCUGGGCUCACAAUCCCGCGUCCAGACUGACAGCCCUGCGUGUGAAGAAAACACUUGCCAAAAUGUCAGAGUCCCAGGACAUUAAACUCUGAUUUGAGGGGGGAAAAAGAAGACAAAAGGAAAGUAAAGAAAAAGAAAGCAUCAGUGGAGAAAGCCAGCUCUUCCUCUCUUUGCGGGCAGAGUAGAAAAUGUUCCCGAAGCACCCACAGUCCAAGCCUCGAACAGCCCUGCUUCCCAGCAGGUUCAGUGUCACCACUCGGGGAGCAGCGUGGACAAAGGCAGAAGUUCCCAGAAACAGGGAUCCCUUGUGUGUGGCGGAGGUUGAAACCGCUCGGGUAACUUGUUGAAGACGUGGUGCACAUUGCUUUCUAAGAAAGCCCUGUAUUUUGGGAUUGCCCCCCCUCUUUUUAUUUCUUCCUUUUCAAAAGAUGCUUUAAUUUUGCCAAAAUAUAACAAAGAAUUUAGAUGUUUUAAGGUUGUUACUAUUCUAGUUUAAAUAAUAACAAUGAGAGUUCUUUGCAGAAAUUCUGCUAGAAAGGAAAUUAAAAUGGUUUUUUUCAUUGGUAAAAUUUUGUUGCACUCUACACACCAGAAGACAGUCUGUGAGGUUGGAGACCACAGAAUGGAACUGUCUGAACAGCCCGCCCCUGCCUGCUCUGACCACUUUGGCCAGCCCUGCUUGGGGGGCUGCCACAGCAAUGUGAAUGCACCCGGGUACACAUACCACCUGUCUGGGACCCGCUUGGGAAUUCCUGCAGGUGACCUUUUGCAGCUUCAGAGGAUAUGGAACAAAUGAAGAUUUCGUGUGAUUCUAUUAGAAGUCAGUGUCAGUGUUCUUCAGAACCACUUUGUGUUUCUGAUUCUGUUAGGUAUCUCUUUCGUGGUCAAAUCUCUUCCUUUUCAUUAAACACAAGCAAAGCUUUUUUUUUUUAAUGUGCAGAGAACUGACCGAUGCAUGCUUUUGAUCUCUCAAAUGAAAGGCUCAGUAUUGAGUGAAAUUGCCAUCAGUUGAGUUGAUGGCCACACCCUUUAAAAUAGAGAUCAUUGGCUCUUGUGUUGUAAGAUGCCCGUGUUAGUAGGGUAGAGGAUGGGGUUGGAGGUGCACAUGGCUUGUUUCCUAUGUAUGCAGAGAGCCGAUCACAGAAGCCUGAGAGUAAAUGGUGCACACCUUAUUUUGUAUAGAUAAAACCAGCUUCUUUUCAUUAUUGUCUGUGUCUUGUGUCUGAGUUAAGGGACGGAGAGGAAGCAUAUGUCAGGUUAAUGUAACUAAAUUUUAAUUUAACAAUAGAUAACUAUAUCCUCCAAAUGGGACACACAGAGGAGAGUUAGUGGAAGCCACAAAAUAUUCUGGCUGCUGUGAUUUAUUUUUCUAGAAUAGAUGGAUCUAGCAUGUACGUCGUAAGUGGUAAUUUCAUAUCUUUUAUCUAUUUUAUUUUAUUCUCAUUAUGUUCAGUUCACUUUUUAAUUUAUUAUUUUUGUGUUCUCUGUGGCACUUGUGCAAAACAUCUCUUCACCCACUUAAUUCUGCAGAGUUUUCACUGUUGAGACACAUGAGCCCAGUCAUGGACAGGGCCAACAUUCCUGAGCAACAGGAACAUAAAGUUCAAAAUUGUACACAUCCCCCUCACCUGUAUUCAUUUACAUGCUCUUACUAUGGGUUUCCUUUACUUCUCAGAAAUUCUGUAAUUUAAUAAGGAAUUGGGAAAUACUUCCUCCCUAGUCUUAAAAAAAUAACAAAUAAAAAAUAAAAGGCAUUCCUUCCAGAAUCCUGCAGAGGGCAGUAUUUUAUAACACAUUUGCACCACUUGGUGAUUGAAGGAUGGACGUUUUUUGAAAUUUUGACAGCUGCAUGAAAAAUGAGAAAAUAUUUUCCUCACUUCUGAAGUCGGCUUGCAGCUGGUGACUUGUUCAUUCGGAAAACACCCUAGAGCAGAGAGUGACUGUGAGCUGUGCUUAACAGUCUGAGAGAAUCAUAAGAAACACAGUGUUCCGUAUUCAGCAUUGACUUCCCAAUGCUUCAUAGCCACGUUUUGUUUGUAACAAAGAAAUAACUUGGUUUUUAAAAAGUUCUUGAAUAUGAACAAAAUUUGUUUAUUAUAAAGAUUAAAAACAGUUGGCUCCAAAUAGAAUUUUAAUCAGAAUGCUGCUUCUGGUGUUAUUAGAAGAACCUGAAUGGCAAUGUAACGGUUCCUUUCUCUUGUGUCAAAUUGUGUUCUGUGUGAUAGCUUAGAAGGAAUAUGUGGCUAGAACUAAGCGUGAUAAUCAUCUGAGCCGUGGAGAGAAACUUCAUUACCUCUAAUCAGAUCAUCUACAAACAAAUAAGUAAACAUUUAUGCCCAUAACUGGGGACAUGUUUUGUUUCUUGAUUUUUUCCUAAAUGUAAGUGCGGUUGGACUUCUUAGAUAAAAAUGUGUGCUCUUUUAGGUAAGUUUUUAUACAUGAUAACUGCAAAUCAGAACAUGUUUGGGGGAAGUGAUGAUUUGAAAAUACACUUGAUUUCUAGGGAGGUGUUGGCUCCAAUGAAGAAUGGCAGGAAACUUCUAUCUUAUUUGUCUAGUUGCUUCGGAAAAAUCAGUAGCUUACUUUCUAAUUCUCAGUCUGAUUUACUCAUUAUGAACAUCUAAAAAUUGUUCCUGAGAUACUUCAAAAGACUUAUUUAGUUAGUAUAGUCUUUCAAUGCAACAAGAAUUUAUUUAUGAAUAGAUUUUUUUUGUCUUCACAAAAUUCACCUAACUUAAGGAACCCUAAAUUGUUCUUAAAGAGACUACCUACUUACUUCCAAAUUAUCCUUUUUUAUUUUUAAAUUUCUAGUAGCUCAGAAGAAGUGAAUUGUAUUUUGUUUUACCUUUCUAUAGAAUAAGUGGGGACCUGGAAAUUAAUAAUGUAGAUGAUUUCCUCUUAUCAGGACUAUUUCAAAGACUAAGAUUUUCUUCUAGUUGCUCCCCCCAAAGGAAUCCUAAAAUACUAGUUGCUAGCUAAUAUAAGUUUUGUAUGCUAAGAUGUUCAGGUUUAUAGUUUAUUAUGUGUAUAUAUAUUAUAUAAAUAUAUAUGUUUAUAUAAAUAUUUUGUUCAGUUUGGAGUCUGGCACAACUCCAUUUUGUGGAUUAGAGAGUAAAAUAUUAGAGAUGAUAAAGUACUAAAUGAAACAUAAUAUUUAUUUAUAAAAGUGUUGUAGAUUGUUAAAUCAUAAGUUACAGUGCUACGAACAUUGUGAAGAGACAGGCCUUUGACCUCCUGGAAAGCACUGCUCAAAAGUGACUAGUGACGACCAUUCCUUUUAGUAUCAAGACAUAAAGCAUCUUAGAAAACAUGCUAAGAUUUUAUUCACAGGGAAUUCUUUGUUUCAGUUGUGGUGUAGUCAGGUAUAGCAGGGACCGAAUAACAACCAGAAUUCACCUUCCUAGAGUCAAGCAUAUUCAUUGGAAGUUACAGUGCUUUAUGUCGCUGGUCUGUUCUAGCUCUCCAUGUUUGUAGUUGGAAAGGCACUGAAAGAAGUACAGUUUUUAAACUUGAAUUGUUCUGUGGUUAUAUCUCCUUGGAAAACUCAGUCACAAAGCAGUGGAAACGAACAAAAUGGCAUCCGAAGUGAUUUAAUUUAGCCAUUAUGAUUCCUCUUGUAAAACAAAGCAGAAAAAAACAAUGCCAUACUUUUUUUUUUUUUUUUUUUGGAGAAGAGUUGGCAAUAAAGAGUUUUGUUGUCUGUUUCAAAAGAAGACUCGUUGUGUUCUUUUGGGGAACCAGUGCCUUAUUGAAUUUGUAUAUACUGUAAUUAUUCAGGACUAGGGAACAAACAACUAUUGUAUUUGUUACAAAUUGUAUAUGGCUUUGUUUGAACAUUCCCCCAAAUAAAACGGUUUCAUUCUCCCCUUGGCAA